UAAAAUUGUCACAUUAAAGCCAAAUACAAGCCAGGUCAUUGUCAAAUCUUGACAUGGUAACAAGAUAAACCUUUUCUUCGCUUUGUGUUGCAUUCAAGUAACGUGUAAAGCGAACUACGUUGAGUAUAUCUGAGAUGAUUUUACGGCUUUCAAUUGACGGGAAAAAGAGAUAUGCUUAGUGUGAGGUCUGUUGAACGGUGUUUGUUUUCGUUCGGCUGUGGAUUCCGGGGGUCACUGUUUAGACAAGAUUUUCUGAAGCUUGAUUGGUUGUCCGGAGAAUUCCCAAGCGACUGAUUCAAUUUGAUUGACUAAAGUCAUACUCUAUGCCGCAUUUGAUUGGUCCCAGGGGAUUGAUUUCAGUUCGAUUGGCCUCGCGCGCAGUACGCGCGAUUGCGCGCGCUUGCUGUGACGCAUGGCACGUUUCUGGCUGUAUAAACAUAGCGAGGUUUGUGUUGCUGGUCAAGCGGUCAAGCUUAUCGUGCUCGAGUUUCUCCUCACCGUCAUUGUUAUGCCUUGUACGAUACAGUUGUGCGUUGUCAGGUUAAAGAGAAUUGUAAAGUAAGGAUGGGCUGCAGCCAGAGCAAGAAACUCGCCGACGAGGAUUGCAUAAAGACGAAAAAGUUACCUGAUGAAUGGACUCCCGAUGAAGGGAAGACAACACGUGAAGUGUGGCGUAAAGAAGCUGUGAACAAUGAGGGAAAGACCUCUGAAAAGAAGCCAAAGAAAGGCCGUGUUUGUGAAGGAAAACUCAGUUUUGAUCCAGUUGUGACUGAGAAGUACGAAAUCAAAGCCCUGAUUGGCAGGGGAUCAUUCAGUCGAGUUGUCCGUGUGCAACACAAGCAAACCAAACAACCGUAUGCAAUCAAGUUGAUAAAGGUUCGAGGAGGCAAAGACGUGUUUGAAUCCGAAGUUGCUGUCUUAAGGAAAGUGAAGCACGAAUUCAUCGUUCAACUCUACGAAGUGUAUGAGUGUUCAGAAAGAGUUUAUCUGGUCAUGGAGCUCGCUACGGGCGGUGAACUCUUCGAUCGCAUCGUAGGCAGGGGAUCUUUCACUGAGCGCGAUGCUACACGAGUCCUGUACAUGGUUUUAGAAGGGGUUCGUUAUCUUCACUCCCUUGGAAUAACUCACCGUGAUCUUAAGCCUGAAAAUUUGCUAUAUUAUCACCCUGGAAUCGAUUCCAGGAUCAUGAUCACUGACUUUGGACUCUCCAACACUCGGCAGGACACGGAUAGCGAGACAAUGGAUACAACUUGCGGAACACCCGAGUACAUUGCCCCAGAAAUUCUCAAGAGGCAAUCGUACACUAAUGCAGUGGACAUGUGGGCAAUCGGUGUUAUCACGCACAUUCUUCUUAGCGGAGAAAUGCCCUUUUUGGAUGAGAAUCGAACACGAAUGUACAACGCUAUUAUGAAGGCAAAGUACUCGUACAACGGAGAGGCAUGGAAAGAUGUUUCAGAUCAUGCAAAACAGUUCAUAAAUAAAUUACUUGUGGUAGAUCCAGGGAAACGCAUGACAGCAGAGCAGGCUUUGCAAGACCCAUGGAUUGCUUUUUGUGCUGCCUCUUCAAGUUCGAUAAAUCUUCAGAGGUCAUUCAGUGAGAACUGGCGCAUAAGUACCUCUCGGAUAAACAGUGCCAGAUCAAACACUUCUCAAAAGUCCAACAAAUCUGUGAAGUCUGGUAGAUCUGUUCUUUCGCUUCCUAGACGGACAAAAGGUACUAAUGUGCCUCAAGAGACUAGUUUGAUCUUGGGUCUUACUGACGUGCAAACUAAAGAAAUCAAACAGGGUGGCAACAGAUCAUCUGGUUUGAAGGAGUCUAAUGUUAAACUAACAAAGCAAUUUGCUGAGAAACUACAUUCUGUAAUCGAUGAAGAUGACAGGGAACUGCUUAGUAGCAGUGCAACUGAAUGCGAUCCCUCCAUUGUUAUGUGUACUACAGAAGGUGACAGUAACAGACAGCAAGUGGUGACACAAGACAUUGUCUUAAGCAGCAGUCAUGCUGUUGGUUCAAACAGGAAAACCAAGAAUCCUUAUGAGGUUAAAACAACUGAUUCCAUAGGGGUGCAAUACGCUGCUUCACAGGAUGUUGUAGAAGAGGAAGUGAAAGGGAUACCAAUUCCAAUUCCCAAGGACAGGUCACAACAGUCACGCUUAGUGAUGAGAGACAAUUUCUUGGAAGAGCACCGUUUACAAGAGGCACAGCAAGAUUGCUCAGAGGAUAGUGGUUUGAGACUUUCUUUCCAUGGAGAAUCUCCUCCUAGACACCGUUCACUUUCCCCUUCACCAAGGAAAAACAAGGUAUAUUGUACUUUUGACAGCAGUUAGUUGUACUGUGUAUAUUUUUAGAUAUUUCAAUUAUAUGAAGAGAAUCCUUCAAUAUUUUGGAGUGUUACAGCUUUAUAACUUCAAACAUAACAAAUCUGUUCUAACAUGAAUUAGUACAAAUGUACUUGUGUUCUAUCACAAAUGCUGUUCUCUGAUUGGCUAUGCUACUCACUAUCUAUUCUGUUGUAGAUACUGAGCAGCCUAGCAGUGUACGGUUGUAAGAAAUGGCAACUGCUUCUUUACUUUUUCAAAGUGUCAGUAUAGAUGAUUUAGAUAAAGUUUUCUACAAUGAGUAGAUUUAUACUAAAACAAUAAACAGAUUAUUCACUCUUGAUUUCUAUGUGUGAUAGUGUACUCGGGCUGCACCCUUGGCAACUAUCAUGCAACAGAAAUCUUGAGCUCAUAAUCUAACUGUCAAUUACAUGUAUUACAUUGAAGAAAACAUUUGAUACAUAUUCAUACUGUGGCCCUUUGUGCCAGCCAUCGUGAGUCAGCAAGCAAGGCAUUAAGAUCCCAUGCCACAAUAGAGGAUUUCUAGCAUACUAGUUGUGUUUGCAAUUUAAGGAACACUGGCAGAAAAAUAUGCAUUUCAGGAUCUUUUUGAAGCCCUAAAUUGUUUGUAAGCUUCUCAGUGAUAUUUCUUAGAUUGUACACAACUUCAAGGAAUACUUUUCAUUGGAAAAUUUUAACUUAACUAAUUACUUCCCCUCACCCAUAUAGUAAUUCUGUCUCUGAAGGCAAAGAAAAAUGGUCUGAAUCUCGUGACAUGUUAUUGUUCCACACUAUUGCCCACAAGGGGAAGGAUUGAUGGUGGCAAUGAUGAAAUAUAUUGUUCUUUAAUGAAGCCAGUGGUACGGUGGACAUAACAUGAAUUAUGGCUAGUUUGAUUAAAAUGUCUCAUUCCCAAGACACCAAUGCUGAAUUAGAAAGAGCACAUGGGAAGUGAAUGAUGAAGCUGGUGUGUAAUUGAAACAAAUACUUUUCAAGUUCUGUUCACUAGUACUAUAAUUUGUUUAAGACUGAUUGAAAUGUGUAAAAUUGUUACCAGAUGUAAUCAUGUUAACAUAAUUGUUGUGCUAUUGUUGUUUAACAUAUAAUGGUUAAUAAUGGUAAUAGGACUGAGUGGAGUCCAAUUAGGUCUGUAAUCAUACAAGUGAUUAACAAAAUUGGACGA